CAUUUCGGCUAGUCAAGGCCAUUCAAGACAGUUGAAGUACUGUCUGUCAAAUCUACUUGCUGUUGCACGUCAUCGUCUGUGGAGAGCAGAGCAAAAGUUGGAGAGAUUGCGAAGACUAUCGAUCCCACACUGUAAUUUCGGAGGUCCUUUUCACUGGUGCAUUAUUGACCGAAGUGACCAAAUAGGAAAAUAUCCGACAUAUAAUAUUUAAUAAUUUUCUUGGUAAUUAUCAUCCGUACAUCAUGACAAGGAAAUCGUGUGCAGUGUAUGCGACGGGAAUCAUCUGCGCGCAUCUCCUGAUAGUCGGGAUCGGUUUGCUGGUCGCGCAGAUCUUUCCUGCACUGAUACACAGCCGCUUAAAGAAGGAGAUAACUUUGACAGAGGGGAGUCGAGUGUUUGAGUCUUGGAAGAACCCCCCUCCCCCGGUGUACAUGCAGUAUUACUUUUAUAAUGUCACAAAUCCGGAGGAGUUUCUGGCAGGGGGGCGGGCGGCUGUUACUCAGAUGGGACCGUACACGUACAGGGAAUACAGGCCCCGGGAGAAUGUGACCUUUGUGGAGAAUGGAACUAAAGUCUCUGCUUAUAGUCCAAAGACUUUUGUUUUUGAGAGAGACAUGUCAGCCGGUGACCCAGAAGUUGACCUUGUGACAACUGUUAACAUCCCUUCGGUGGCAGUGAUGAACAAAGUGAAGGGCAGCUUUUGGACGAGCAGUAUGGUGUCCAUCUGGAUGAAGUCGCUAGGCGCUGGGCUUUUCAUGACACGUCCUGUUCACGAGUUGCUGUGGGGUUUCAAAGACCCACUGCUGACACGCCUUCAGGCCACAAAGCCUGAGAUUCACGAGUACUUUGGGCUCAUGUACAAGAAAAAUGGAAGCCUAGACAAUCAUUUUGUUUUCCUCACGGGUGAAAGUGACUACUUGGACUACACCAAAGUGGUUGCAUGGAACGGCGAAAGCCAGUUGACGUAUUGGUCCUCCAACCAGAGCAACAUGAUCAACGGCACCGACGGCAGCACCUUCCACCCACUUCUGUCCAGGAAGGAGCGCCUCGAUGUCUUCUCUCCUGACCUCUGCAGGUCCAUACAUAUGAAGUAUAUAGAAGAUGUGGUGGUCAAAGGGAUCCCUGCGUAUCGCUUCGCACCUCCUCGAGACGUUCUGGCCAGCGCUGAGGAGAACCCUGCUAACGCUGGGUUCUGUGUGACCACUGGCGGCUGUCUAGGCACGGGCGUGCUUGAUGUCAGCGUUUGCCGUAAUGGGGCUCCUGUUGUCGUCUCAUUUCCGCAUUUCUAUCUGGGAGACAGGAAAUACGUUCAGGCCAUUGACGGGUUGUCUCCAAACCAAGAGGACCAUCAAACAUAUCUUGACCUUAAUCCGACCACCGGUAUUCCUGUUCGUGCCUCCAAAAGAGCUCAAAUAAAUAUCCUUCUGGAAAGAAUCAGCGGUUUCCCGAUGACAAGAUAUCUGAAUCGGACUAUCUUCCCAGUCAUGUUUAUAAAUGAGUCAGUGGUGAUCGAUGAUGCUUCAUCAAUGAAGAUGAAGAAGUUACUGCUUAUAGAGAAGUUGGUCUCCAACUUCCCCUUGCUGAUUAUUGGUUUGGGGGUCAUUAUGCUUCUGGUAUUCAUUAUCCUUAUCUUCAGGUUCCAUCAGCAGAAGAAAAACAUAAAGCACAGUAAGGUGUACACUCCGGUCAAUUAUAAAGCAGAAGAUCCUGCAGAAAGUGAUCAGACUCUGCCCUUAAAAAAUGGCUCCCACGUUGGCAUGUCCACAGUGGAUGGAGAGAAAUCCUGAAACGGAGAUGGCCUUGAGGGGGGGGGGGGACUAGGAGGCAAUUGGGGGGGAGGUGGGAGGGGAGUGGGAUACAGCGGCAGGGACGGAUUACGGACCGGGCCAGCGGGGCCGCUGCCCAGGGGCCCUUGGGGUGCAGGGGGCCCGUGGGGCCCCUAGCCCAAAACAAUUUGCAACGCUUAUCAAGAAUGUAUUUUCGUUUGUCUAUUUUAGAGGGCCUACAUUCUUUGAUCCUCUGCCUACAAGGGCCCCUGACCCUAUAGGGAGGGCGUUUGGCUGCCAAGGGCCCUCGCGAACGUUUUGCCCAGGGGCCCACACAACCCAUAAUCCGUCCCUGUACAGCGGCUGUAGUAAUGAAAGGCAUAAAUGCUUCUAUGCAGUGGUUCAUGUCAUACUUUUGCUCAGGACUGUCAAAUUAAAUGCUGCACUUCCAGGUCACGUGACCUGAGCCAGUGCAGUCAUUUUUGUUCCCAGAAACACAUGGAGCCUGUAUUCUAUUCAUAUGUCAUGUUCAUCAGGGAACAGAACUGGGCUCCUAGCAUAUGGACAGUGUACAGUUGACAUUAGAAAAGUGUACAAACUGAGGCCUGGUCACCCUUGGUUACAAGGAUAUGUUGAUAUAGAAACACAAUAUUAAGAUCUGAAUAUACACUGUAAAUGGAUGUGCAAUCUCUUUUUCAUUGUUCCACACUAUCAGUGUAGUCAAAGUGAUGCGAUAAUCCCAUCAUUCAACGAUCUUGUGCUAAAUAAGCAGACAAUCGAUGGACUGAUGGAUGGAUACCCUGUAAUGUACAAUCCGUUUUCCUCAAACAUGCCAUAUACAUUCAUGGGUAUCUUCUGCUUGUAAAAGUAAGAGCACUUAUUGAUACACGUCCAGUGUCUCUGUUGUGGUAGACAUGUUUUCACUGCAGAAAUUACUAUAAAACUUUCAGCUAACAAGCAAGCGCAGUAUUCGUUGGCUUUUACGCACAAGCAUUUAUCAUUAUUUUUUGAUCAAUUAAAACAUUUACAUUCCCUUUACUGAAUUGUUUCUUUAAGAAUCCUAGCUAUAAUCUAACUAUAAGACAAUAAUGUCCAUGUAUUGGUCAUGAACUGGUUCUUUUCUCAUGCCCCCUAUUGUAGUUGUACUGGACAAGUAAACUACUUUUACACUGAAAAAUUAUUUGAUUAUGAAUCAUAUUAUGAUAUCAUCAGGAAUAUCAGUAAUACAUAAUAUAACCAAGUAUAUAAUGUGAAUUUUUCCAUUGGCAUUACAUUGUCAUCUUUUCAUGAUUUUAUUUUAGCCACUUUAUAGGUCUUGUUGUGCAUUUCAAUAAUGGCUAUUAUGAUUAAUUAUAUUAUAUUAUAUUAAGUUGAAUACAUAAGUUCUUCAUUAAAUCUGUUUCCUCAAUGGUAUAACUUCACAGAGUACAAUCAUUACAUUGUCAGUUUAGGUAACUCAGACCCUAACUUCAUAUUAGUUCACUAUGUGUUGUACAUAGUGUACUUGCUAUGACCAUCUUUACAUACACAAGAAAGGAAGGGCUGUUUCUAGAGUUAAAAUUCUUCUGCAGAAAUGUGAUAAACCGUGAGAUAAAUAACUUUUUAUGCCUAUAUUAUUUAAAGAAAUGGUAAAGUAGAAUUAUAUGGCUAAAAGCUAAAGAAAUACUCUACAGCCUUGCAUUUAGAAGUAAAUUACUAAUGUGUGCCACCAUCUCAGCAGUGGGGGACUAUGCAUUCAGCGAGACAAGACACCAUGUUGCCUUUGUGAUAUGCAUGUAGAGUAGCUGAUCUAGGGCUGUUAGAGUAGUGUGUUGACUUUUCAUUAUCAAAAUUUUUUUACCUUUGCAAAAUUGUGCCUGGCAUGGCACCUACCAACCCACCGUGCCACCCAUGCUGUGCGGAGAGAUUAUUCUUGAUCUCUAAGUUAAACAAAGCACGUAUCCAUCCUUCACAGACAGAUUAUUCUUGAUCUCUUAAGUUAAACAAAGAAGCAGUACCCAUGCUUCAUUGAAAGUACCAGGCCAUGUCACACAGAGUUUAAGAAUAAUGUUCCGAAGUAUGUAAAAGGGGUGCUCUGGUCAAAGCAGAGUGCAUGCUGGGAUUGGAAGCUGCUUUCAAUCCCUGCCCGCCACGUUGCGUGUCCGCGGUAUGGGGGCUCAGCGGACGCUACACUGGCUAGGACAGCUGAGCUGUGUUUCUUUCCUUCUUGUGACACCGCAGCUACAUCCGCAGACAUCAAUAUGUAAUGUUUACAGUCAGUCUCCCCCCCCCAUUUCACUUGUGUGCUGUUUGUUGAGUAUUGGAUUUCAGUCUUUGGGAAGCUCAUAAAAUUAGAUUGUUUGAUUGUUUUCUUUCUUUUUUUCUAUGUGAUGCGCUGAUGAUUGACUACAACUAUAAAAUAUUUGAUGCAUAUCUAAGGGUCUCGCCUUCAUCAUAAGCAGCAGUAACAGUAUUGGGGUAAAUGCAGGCGAAAAGGAUUUGGGUUUUUUUGGAGCUCUGAGAAUCAGAUAAAAAUUAUGUCGCGACCCAGACUAUAAGACAGUAUUAUUUUUACAAUAAUUUGUAAUAUAAUUUGAAAUUAUGAAAGCACCUGGGUGUAAAUUAUAAUUAAUUGCAGAUGACCUGUAAGUUAUAUGUAAGUUAGACCUAUUUAUGGUCAAACAUGUAGAUAACCUCUGCACUGAUGCUAUGUACCACAUCUGGCUCAUAUUUACUUUGUUUUCUUGUUAUUCAAGUGAGGCAUCAUAUUGAAAAUAUUUAGAUAUAACAAAAAUUGAUAGUAGCAGUAUGGUUUUAAAAAUUUAAGAAUGCAGUUAUGCUUUCGUAAAAACACUGUAAUACACAUAGUUAAAUAAAAGUACAUUUUGCUGAA